AAUGAGCACUCCAAUAUAUUCUUCAUUGACCAACCUAUCGGUGUCGGCUUCUCGUACGCCGACCACGGAGAGACUGUGAGCACCACUGAAGAAGCUGCAAAGGACGUCGCUGCUUUCGUGGCAAUCUUCUUCGAACACUUCAGCAAGUUCAAAGGCAGAGGAUUCCAUCUGGCUGGUGAAUCGUACGGGGGUCGCUAUCUUCCCGUGUUUGGAUCUGCGAUCUAUGACCAGAAUACCAAGCUAGUGGAUGCGAGUUUAGCACCGAUUAAUCUCAAGUCUCUCAUGAUUGGAAAUGGAUGUACGGACUGGUUAUCGAUGCUCAGAGGGCACUACGAAGUUCAAUGCACCAGCGUGACCCUUGCGCCUGUGCAAGACAUAGGAACUUGUGUUGAUAUGAAGCGGCGUCUUUCGCGCUGCGAGAAGUGGUACAAAGACACUUGCAUCGAUCGGAAAGACAGCAUUAGCUGUUCUACCGCGAGCGCGUUCUGUGCAGAAUCCAUUAUGGCACCGUACAUGGCAACAGGACUCAACCCCUAUGACCUCACAAAGAAAUGUGGUGGGCACGCCCUGUGCUACGAGAUCAUCGGCGAUAUCGAUACAUACCUGAACCAAUCUAGCGUGCGCGAGAUUAUCGGCGCCGACCCGGCGGUGAAGAACUUUGCGAGCUACUCCGGGACGGUCGGACAGGCGUUCGCGCGUACGCUCGAUAUUGAGUUCCCGACGCAGUACUACGUCGCGGCGCUCCUCGAGCGCGGCGUGCGCGUGCUGGUGUACGUCGGCGCGAACGACUUUGUCUGCAACUGGCGCGGAAACGAAGAGAUGUCGCUCGCUCUGGAGUGGACAGGACAGGCGGCGUUCAGGAGCCAGCCUCUCCGCCAAUGGCACGUGGACGGCCACGUCGCGGGUGUGACCCGCAGUGCGGGUAAAUUCACCUUUGCGACUAUCGAUGACGCUGGGCACUUGGCACCGUACGAUAAGCCGAUAGAGUCCUUGGAGCUGCUGAGAAGAUGGCUGAACGAGGAAGAAUUCUGAACCUCGAGUCUGUUGUGGUAGCCGUAGCCAUCCUUGCCGCUUCAUUCUUCUGCGGGCUCAUGGCCGCGCAUGUUUCUAGUAACACGCCGGCGUCGGCCCUGUUCUGCAUAAAAUUUGCCAUGUACGUCUUGGAAAACAGAUGUUUCCUUGUUGUUAGCCCGCGACAGCUCUUAUACCGUCUUGUGGCGCAUUCCCACCCCAAAACCUUAGUCUGCGUUCCUCAUUUGCGUAGUGC